AUGACCAUAGUCUCGAAUGAUCCCACUUUGUGGCCGACCAUCAAUAUACAUGGUGUUUCCAGCUAUUUUGCAGUUGCCGCCUUUGUGGGAGUAUCAUAUGAUUGGGUACUUACAUUCGGACGAGAGGUCGAACUGAUCUGGAGGCAACGCUGGUCCCUAAUUACAGCUCUGUAUCUCAGUGUGCGCUACCUUGGUAUCUUACUCGCUAUCCUGUCUGUGCUGAGCGACGUUGGGAAUAUCUCACUGACUGAUACAGAAAAUUCCUUGGACACUCUGCUUUAUGCUGGGUUUCUUGAGAUUUUGACAGUCGUGCAGAUGUUUUUGCUGGGACCCCGCCUGAUACUUAGUAUUCGAGAGUAUCAUGCUAAGCUCGUGGUCGAUUCUGACUCGGCGACUGGUAUGACCUCGAUGGCUUUCCAGGAGCGCGUGCGCAUAUCAACCAGCGGUAGUGUGUGA